AUGGUCGAGUUCCCUUAUUCAAGUGCUCCUUUGCGCACUGUGAAAGAAGUGCAGUUCGGCAUGUUUUCACCUGAAGAAGUUCGCGCCAUAAGUGUGGCCAAAGUGGAAUUUCCUGAAACUAUGGACGAAACUCAAAUGAGGGCCAAGAUUGGUGGUUUAAAUGAUCCACGUCUUGGUUCUAUCGAUCGUAAUUAUAAGUGUCAAACCUGUGGUGAAGGAAUGAAUGACUGCCCUGGUCACUUUGGACACAUCGAGCUCGCUAAACCAGUUUUCCAUAUUGGUUAUAUUGCCAAAAUCAAGAAGGUCGCUGAGUGUGUCUGCAUGCACUGCGGAAAGCUGUUGCUGGACGAACAUAACGAACUUAUGAGACAGGCCAUAAGGAUUAAAGAUCCCAAGAGGAGAUUUAACGCUGUGUGGUCCUUGUGUAAGGCCAAGAUGGUUUGUGACACAGAGGUUCCCUCUGAUGAUGACCCCACCCAAUAUGUAUCGAGAGGUGGUUGUGGUAAUACACAGCCAAGUAUUAGAAAGGAUGGUCUUUCGCUUGUCGGGACUUGGAAGAAAGACAAAGGUGCCGAUGAUGCUGACCAACCGGAGAAGCGUAUCAUUACUGCUGAUGAAGUUUUGAAUGUUUUCAAACACAUUUCACCAGAGGACUCAACUCGACUAGGAUUCAAUGAGGACUUUGCACGCCCAGAAUGGAUGAUUCUAACGGUUUUGCCCGUCCCACCACCUCCAGUUCGUCCUUCGAUUUCAUUCAACGAAACUCAAAGAGGUGAGGAUGAUUUAACAUAUAAGCUGGGAGAUAUCUUAAAAGCUAACAUCAAUGUCCAAAGACUUGAAAUUAACGGUUCACCACAGCAUGUAAUACAGGAGUCAGAGUCUCUCCUACAAUUUCACGUUGCAACAUAUAUGGACAAUGAUAUUGCUGGACAACCUCAAGCUCUUCAAAAGUCGGGGCGUCCUAUCAAGUCGAUAAGAGCUCGUUUGAAGGGUAAGGAGGGACGUAUCAGAGGUAACUUGAUGGGUAAACGUGUGGACUUCUCGGCACGUACUGUUAUUUCAGGUGAUCCUAAUUUAGAUCUAGACCAAGUCGGUGUCCCAAAAUCUAUUGCAAGGACUUUGACGUAUCCUGAAGUCGUCACACCAUACAACAUUGAUCGUUUGACACAGUUAGUGCGCAAUGGUCCUAAUGAGCAUCCGGGUGCCAAGUAUGUUAUUCGUGACAACGGUGACAGAAUCGACCUUAGAUACAGUAAGAGAGCCGGUGACAUUCAAUUGCAGUAUGGGUGGAAAGUUGAGCGUCAUAUUAUAGAUGAUGACCCUGUGCUUUUCAACCGUCAGCCUUCCUUACAUAAAAUGUCCAUGAUGGCUCACAGAGUUAAGGUUAUGCCAUAUUCCACCUUUAGACUAAACUUGUCUGUCACUUCCCCUUACAAUGCUGAUUUCGAUGGUGAUGAAAUGAACUUGCAUGUUCCACAAUCUGAGGAAACUAGAGCAGAAUUAUCGCAGCUUUGCGCUGUUCCUCAGCAAAUCGUAUCUGCCCAAUCGAAUAAACCUUGUAUGGGUAUUGUUCAAGACACUUUAUGUGGUAUUCGUAAAAUGACUUUGAAAGAUACGUUUAUUGAGCGUGAUCAAGUUCUCAACAUGCUCUAUUGGAUUCCUGACUGGGAUGGUGUCAUUCCUACGCCAACAAUCCUGAAGCCAAAGCCGUUGUGGUCCGGUAAGCAGAUAUUGUCAAUAGCUAUCCCCAGUGGUAUUCACUUACAGCGAUUUGACGAGGGAACAACGUUACUCUCUCCAAAGGAUAACGGCAUGUUAAUCAUUGAUGGUCAAAUUGUCUUCGGUGUGGUGGACAAGAAAACUGUAGGGUCUUCAAGCGGUGGUUUGAUUCACGUGGUUACGAGAGAAAAGGGACCCAAGGUGUGUGCUCGGCUAUUUAGCAACCUUCAAAAGGUGGUUAACUUCUGGUUGCUGCACAACGGGUUUUCGAUUGGAAUAGGUGAUACAAUUGCGGACGAACAAUCUAUGAGAGAAAUCACCGAUGCAAUCAUGGUCGCGAAGAAAAAGGUCGAAGAAGUCACUAAAGAAGCCCAAGCAAACCUCUUAACUGCAAAGCAUGGUAUGACUUUACGUGAAUCGUUUGAGGAUAACGUUGUACGUUAUUUGAACGAAGCUAGAGAUAAGGCUGGUCGUUCCGCUGAGGUUAAUUUAAAAGACUUGAACAAUGUUAAACAAAUGGUCAGUGCCGGAUCUAAAGGUUCGUUUAUUAAUAUUGCACAGAUGUCGGCUUGUGUUGGUCAACAAUCUGUUGAGGGUAAACGUAUAGCUUUUGGUUUUGCUGACCGCACACUGCCUCAUUUUUCAAAGGAUGAUUAUUCUCCUGAAUCAAAGGGUUUCGUGGAGAACUCGUAUUUGAGAGGGCUGACUCCGCAGGAGUUCUUUUUUCAUGCGAUGGGUGGUCGUGAAGGUCUGAUUGAUACCGCCGUGAAGACAGCCGAAACUGGUUACAUUCAACGUCGUUUGGUUAAAGCCCUUGAAGAUAUUAUGGUCCAUUAUGAUGGUACAACCAGAAACUCUCUAGGUAAUGUUAUUCAGUUUGUCUACGGGGAGGAUGGUAUGGAUGCAGCUCAUAUUGAGAAACAGUCCAUUGAUACCAUUGCUGCCUCCGAUGCAGCUUUCGAGCGGAGAUUCAGAAUUGAUUUAUUAAAUCCUAAACAUGCAUUGGAUCCAUCUUUGCUAGAAUCUGGCUCGGAAGUUAUUGGCGACUUGAAACUGCAGGCUUUGCUGGAUGAAGAGUAUAAGCAACUUCUCGCCGACCGCGCCUUUUUGCGCGGCAUAUUUUCCGACGGAGAACAAAAUUGGCCACUUCCUGUCAACAUCAGGCGUAUCAUUCAAAAUGCCCAACAAACUUUCCGCAUAGAGCACUCAAAGCCAACUGAUUUGACGAUCCGCGAUGUUAUUUUUGGAGUAAAAGACUUACAAGAAAAGCUCCUAGUCAUUAGAGGCAAAAGUAAGUUAUUGCAAGAGGCUCAACAAAAUGCCGUUACUCUGUUUUCCUGCCUACUGCGCUCUCGUUUGGCUACUCGUCGCGUUAUUCAAGAGUACAGAUUGACAAAGCAAACAUUCGACUGGGUCAUGAAUAAUAUUGAAGCUCAGUUUUUGAGAUCAAUUGUCCACCCGGGUGAGAUGGUUGGGGUUCUUGCUGCCCAAUCUAUCGGUGAACCGGCCACUCAAAUGACUUUGAACACCUUUCAUUUUGCCGGUGUGGCCUCUAAAAAAGUAACCUCUGGUGUCCCUCGUUUGAAGGAAAUUCUUAACGUGGCUAAGAACAUGAAAACACCAUCCUUAACGGUAUAUUUAGACCAAGACCAUGCGGCCGACCAGGAGAAGGCCAAAUUGAUCAGAUCUGCCAUUGAGCAUACCACUUUGAAGAGUAUCACGGUAGCUUCGGAGAUCUAUUACGACCCCGAUCCUCGUGCGACGGUGAUCGACGAUGACGAAGAAAUCAUACAACUUCAUUUCUCUUUGAUGGACGAGGAAACCGAACAAUCGCUAGACCAUCAGUCACCUUGGCUAUUGCGCUUGGAACUUGAUCGUGCUGCAAUGAAUGACAAAGAUUUAACUAUGGGUCAGGUCGGUGAAAAAAUAAAAGAGACCUUCAAAAAUGACUUAUUCGUAAUUUGGUCCGAAGACAAUGCCGAGAAACUGGUGAUUCGGUGCCGCGUGGUCCGUGAUCCCAAGACUCUUGACGCUGAAGCGGAAGCUGAGGAAGACCACAUGUUGAAAAGGAUCGAGAACACUAUGCUGGAGAGUAUUACUUUGCGGGGUGUCGAAGACAUUACUCGUGUAGUUAUGAUGAAAUAUGACCGCAAAAUCCCAAGUUUAACUGGUGAGUACCAUAAAGUUCCAGAAUGGGUUUUGGAAACUGAUGGUGUCAAUUUGGCAGAGGUUAUGUGCGUUCCUGGCGUGGACUCUGCUCGGAUCUAUACAAAUUCGUUCAUUGAUAUCAUGAAUGUGCUUGGUAUAGAAGCGGGUCGUGCUGCAUUGUAUAAAGAGGUCUACAAUGUCAUUGCCUCUGACGGUUCUUACGUUAACUAUCGUCAUAUGGCUCUACUCGUGGACGUUAUGACAUCUCAAGGGUUUUUAAUGUCGGUUACCCGUCACGGAUUCAACAGAUCUGAUACAGGAGCUUUGAUGAGAUGUUCUUUCGAAGAGACUGUAGAAAUCCUGUUUGAAGCUGGCGCAGCUGCCGAACUCGACGAUUGCCGCGGUGUGUCUGAGAAUGUUCUUUUGGGUCAAGUCGCACCUAUAGGUACAGGUGCGUUUGAUGUAAUGAUUGAUGAAGAGUCUUUGGUUAAAUUUAUGCCCGAGCAAAAAGUCAGUGAGGUUGUUGACGGUCAAGACGGAUCCAGGACGCCGUACAAUAGUGAGAGUGGCCUCGUUAACGCCGAAAUCGACGUUAAAGAUGAGCUUAUGUUCUCGCCACUGGUCGAUUCUGGUGCGACUGAUGCAAUGUCAGGCGGAUUCACCGCUUACGGUGGUGCCGACUAUGGUAGUGCAUCAUCUCCUUUCAGUGGGUACGGAGAUGGUUCUUCUUCUCCUGGGUUUGGAGGGGUUGCAUCACCUGGAUUCUCCCCUACCUCACCAGCUUAUUCGCCAACAUCUCCAAGUUACAGCCCUACAUCACCAUCUUACUCUCCAACAUCACCCAGCUAUAGCCCUACUUCACCUUCAUACUCUCCAACAUCACCAAGCUACAGCCCCACAUCCCCGUCGUAUUCACCAACCUCGCCCUCAUAUUCACCAACAUCACCAAGUUACAGUCCGACUUCCCCAUCGUACUCCCCAACAUCGCCAAGCUACAGCCCUACAUCACCAUCUUACUCUCCAACAUCACCAUCUUACUCUCCAACGUCACCCAGCUAUAGCCCAACCUCCCCAUCCUAUUCUCCGACCUCACCAAGCUAUAGCCCAACUUCUCCAUCGUACUCGCCGACAUCUCCUAGCUACAGCCCGACGUCGCCAUCGUACUCACCUACAUCACCAAGCUAUAGCCCAACGUCGCCCUCAUAUUCACCCACUUCACCAUCUUAUUCCCCUACCUCGCCUAGCUACAGCCCAGGGUCGCCUUCUUAUUCCCCAAAUUCUCCAAAGAGAGAGGAUGGUGACAAGAAUAACAAUUCUUACUGA